AUGGGGAUGGUGGUCAAGCAAGCUGGCGGCGGACAGUUUACGGAAAUCCAGUACAAAGGAAUUGGAGAAACGAGCCAAGAGUUUGAAGGAGAGGCAACAGGAGUUGAUGAGCUUGAUCAGGUGUACAGGAUGCUGCAGCGUAAGCAUGAAGAGGCUAAAGAGCUACUCGUGAGGGCGAUGAUCAACCACAACCUGUUGGUGCGGAUGAAUGAGAAAUACAGCUACGAGAACAUUGAGAAGAAGCGGCAAGAUAUUCUGAGCUUGAUUUCACGUGGCACUGCCGAGGAGUAG